AUGAAAGUGAAAGCGAAAGAAAAGAGUGAGUUUUGUCAUAUUUCUUUCUUUCAAAACGUUUUCUUGCCUCUAUAUCACUUUUCAUACUUUUUUUCUUUCGUUUUGGCUAUUUUCCCUUCCCUCUCGCAUUUUCUCUUGCCUUCUUUUCAGCCCUUUUUCCUCUUUCCUACUUCUCAGCCUUUCUCUCCUCUUUCCAACUUCUCAGCAAUUUUCUCCUCUUUCCUUCUUUUCAGCCCUUUUCUUCUCUUUCCUUCAUUUCAGAUUUUUCUCCUCUUUCCUUCUUUUCAGCCAUUUUCUCCUCUUUCCUUCUUUCAGACUUUUUAUCCUCUUUCCUUCUUUUCAUCCGUUUUCUCCUCUUUCACGCUUUUCAGCCUUUUUCUCCUUUUUCCUUCUUUUCAGACUUUUUCUCCUCUUUCCUUUUUUUCAGCCCUUUUCUCCUCUUUCCUUCUUUUCAGCCCUUUUCUCCUCUUUCCUUCUUUUCAGACUUUUUCUCCUCUUUCACGCUUUUCAGCCUUUUUCUCCUCUUUCCUUCUUUUCAGCCCUUUUCUUCUCUUUCCUUUUUUUCAGCCCUUUUCUAAUCUUUCCUACUUUUCAGCCCUUUUCUUCUUUUUUCCUUCUUUUCAAUCCUUUUCUCUUCUUUCCUUCUUUUCAGCUCUUUUCACCUCUUUCCUUUUUUUCACCCUUUUGUCAGAGAUCAAAUUCUCUGAAGAAGGCCGGAGCGUACAACGACCGAAACGUUGUUAA